AUGAUCAUCAACAAGACCGUCACCAUGUGCCUCGCGCCAACAGGUCGGGGUUACAGGAUUCUUCUCGUGCUCAUGACCAUCGCCAGCCUCGACAGGAGUAUCACGAACGUUCCCCACCUGAUGGGAUUGAAGGGAGGCAGCAGCUGCAGCUAG